GCGGCGCGACGUGGCGGCGGCGGGUUCGCCGGCUGCCGGGCGGGCGGUGGGGAGCUCCCGGGGCCCGGUGUCCUGCAGGCCGGCCCGGCCCCGCCCCGCCGCGCCCCGCCCGGGGGCGAUGUCGUUAUGCGGCGGCCCGGGCCCCGGCCCUGCGGCUGCCUCCAGCCCGCGGCCCCGCGCCGCCCGCAUGGCGCGGCGGCCCGAGCUGCUGUGCGGCGCUGCCAUCGCGCUGGGCUGCGCCUUCCUCGUCGCCCUCAAAGUCACUUGCAGGGUGCUGUUACCUAAAGUACAAGUGUUAAAAGAGGAUGAGGCCAGGGAAGAAAUCCAAAGAAAUCACUCUUCCUGCCGAGCAAAAGAUGUAACAAUGCCAGCGAAGCUUCCCAUGAAUUUCUUCUCCACGAGGUCUCCAGUCAUUGAUCUUUUCCGGGGACAAUUAGAUUAUGCAGAUCACCUUCGUCAGGAUUCAGAAAUCACAUUGUAUUUCUUCUAUGCGCCGUGGUGUGGGCAGUCUGUUGCAGCAAGAGAAGAAAUAGAACGUGUGGCCAGCAGGUUGUCAGACCAGGUGCUGUUUGUUGCCAUUAAUUGCUGGUGGAACCAGGGGAAAUGUAGGAAGCAGAAGCAUUUCUUUUAUUUUCCUGUGAUACACUUACACCACCGGAGUUUUGGACCAAUUGAAUACAAAGGCCCUAUGAGUGCUGUUUAUAUUGAAAAGUUUGUUCGCCGGGUGAUGACACCACUACUCUACAUCUCGUCUCGAUCAAAAUUACUAGAUUUCCUCUCAAAUUAUGAGCCUGGAGUUAUAGGAUAUUUUGAGUUCAAUGCUUCGCCUCAGCCUCCUGGUUAUUUAACCUUCUUUACAUCAGCUUUACAUUCAUUAAAGAAAGAUUACCUUGGAACAAUACGCUUUGGAGUGAUCACAGAUAAACAUGUUGCAGAGGAGAUCUCACUGGUGCAUUCAGGCAGCGUGUAUUUGCACAGACAUGUCAACACAUCUCUUAUCUAUCCAAAUGAUGACAUGAACUAUACAGCUGAGAAUAUCUGCAAGUGGGCUCUAGAAAAUCGAGAGAUGCUCAUAAGCUGGCUGAGACCUCAUGGUGGAAAAAGUCUUCUUCUAAACAAUGAGCUAAAGAAAGGACCAGCACUGCUCAUAUUUAUACCUUACAAUCCCUUAGCAGAAAUUCAUCCUCUUUUAGAUGAAAUUACCAAAGUGGCCUUGGAAUACCACAACUGUAACAAAAGCCAAGAGGCUGAACCAGAUCCCCAGCAUGUGGGGGACAGUGAUUCAUCAGUUUUUGAUUCCUCUGUUGCAGAUGCACAUACAAAAUUGGCAGAAACGUUCUCCAUAACCACGUACCCGUGCUGUAACACAGUGGUGCUUCCACAGUGGCAUUCGAUCUCGAGAACUCACAAUGUCUGUGAGCUCUGCAUUAACCAGACCCUUGGUGUCAAACCAAAUACAGUCAAUGUGCCACACUGUAACUUCUUUGAGAUAGAAGCAGCUUUGGACUCUUUCUACCUCCAGGAGCAUACCUUUUUUCAAGUUAUGUCAAAUACCAUAGAAUGCAGCAAUUUCUUAAGUUUCUACAGUCCCUUUAACUAUUACACUGCAUGUUGCAGGACAGUAAAUAGGCAUUUUUUAAGUUUCAUUAGUUCUGAGAAGACCAUCUUUCAGACCCCUAAAGUAGUGUUUUCUUCCCAUGGGAAGAAAGAUAAAGAUGACAUCCAGAAUUCUAUUCCUCACAUUGAGGAUAGGAGUUGUUUUAUUCCUGACCUUCAUAUUAGUGGCACUAACAUUACUGGUCUGAGCUGCAGGACCAACAAAACCUUGAAUCUCUAUCUGCUGGAUUCAAAUCUUUUUUGGAUAUAUGCAGAGAGACUAGGAGCAUCGAGAUCUACUCAUCUUAAGGAAUUUGCUGCCAUUGUUGACUUGAAAGAAGAAGUGCACUAUGUCCUGGAUCAAAAUCAGUCGCUUAUUGGAUCUACCCUGGAGAACUUCAUAAAAAACUUCAGUGUUCUCUAUAGCCCCUUGAAAAGGCAUCUUGUUGAUGACGCUUCAGUCCGUUUUCAUGUACAGCAUGUAAUCACUGAAGUGACUACCAGCACCUUUCAUGAUACUGUGCUUUCAAGUGAAAAGAAUGUCUUGCUGCUCUAUUACGCACAGUGGUGUGGAUUCUGUGCUUCUCUUAAUCAUGUAUUUAUUCAACUUGCUCGGCUUCUGCCUCCAGAUAAUUUCACUGUGGCAAGAAUUGAUAUAACUCGAAAUGAUCUUCCAUGGGAAUUUAUGACAUACCGUCUCCCAACUAUUUUGUUUUUUCCUCAUCACAGGAAGGAACAAAGUGUGAAGUUUCCAGAAGACUUCUCAGUUAACCUUCCUAAUCUUCUUAAAUUUAUUUUACAUUACUCAAGUCUUUCUUCAUCAGCACCCUGUACCAAAGAAUGCUUACAUAAAGAAACAGUUUUACAGCAAGGACACAUCUCGCACUUAGAGAAAGAAAUUCAGAAGUUAAGAUCAGAAAUCAGUGCUCUGCAUCAAGCCCAUGACCAUCUUGAGGCACAGCUUUCUGAAGCAAGAAGAGAAGAACACUGGCUACAGCAGCAAAAACACAUACUGGAAAAGCAGCACAAGAUUCUGCAGCUCCACAGCAAGCAGUUACAAGCCACAUUUGAUCAGAAGAAUCAAGAAUUACUAGAAAUGGCUGAAAAGCUUCAAGAAUUGGCUGAUGCAUCAGAAAACCUCCUUAAGGAGAAUACUUUACUAAGAAUCCUGGUAGCAUCAAGGGAAGGAAAGCUACAGAGUAAAGAAGAAAGUAACGAAGCCCUUCAGCUAGAGCAAAAGCUUUCUGAUAACAAUAAUGUAUUGGUUUCAGCAGCUACUGCCACAUCAGAGGAAAAAAGGGUUGAUAAUAUUGAUAUUGUAGAAACAGAGCACAGUAGUAAAAACAGGACAGAAUGAUUUCUUUCACAAAG